UUGGCCUUGAUCCCAGUGCAGAUCAUAGAUGAUAGCUCGCCUGAGGCCGAAGAUAGAGUACCGCUACCGGAUGCACCUCGCAAGGAACCAAGCGAUAUACAUGUCCUGGAAAAGAUAGCGCCUGACUCAAUUCCUAUUCCCAGCGAAGCUAACCCAGAGGCAAUGCCAGCGGUCGUUGUGCGUGAGCCCCCAGCCGAGGAGAAUCCAAAUGCCUUCAACACUGAGGACGCUGUAGCUGAAGCUGUAGAGGCAGAAGCUGCUGAGCCCGCUCUUAAUAUGGUUGGUCAGGAACUUCUUCCCCCUGCCCCCCAAGUCACUGAAGCCGGAGAAUUGGGAGACCUUCCUGAACCAAUGCCAGAGGCAGCACCUGUCGCUGAACCUCCUGAGGCCCCUGUCGCUGAGCAACCAACUCCCUCCACUCUGGAAAGGUUAGCUCGCGUACUCGAAGUGACCCCUCCUGGGGUCGUAGAUGAAGCUAGAGAAGGCCUUCGUCGCUUCCUGGGCCCUGAUAUCUUGAUUCCUGGUGCGCCCGUGAGAGUCUUAGAAUAUUUGAGGGUACUUCUCCGCGAGGGAGCCAUCACUGAAGAUCAGUUCCAAGAGGUCGAUCAACUGCUGCAAAAUCUCCCUCAAGGGCUCAAUGAGCGGGCAGUCGCGAACGCGCAGGCCAGGCAGAUCGAGACGCACUAUCAGAACCUCACUCAGCACACAGAGACCGCGCGCGAUUUCUUGGGCAGCAUAUUAGAUUAA